AUGGCAUCAGUCUUCGCCCGCAAGGCAGCACUCCGCAAGGAAAUGCUCCGCACACUCCGCCAGAUCCCCGAGGAAGCCCUCGCGACCCAAUCUGCGGCAGUCGCUCGCGUCCUCGCCGGCCAGGAAUGGUACACGUCCGCCAAGACGGUCGGAUGCUACCUCUCAAUGGCUCGCGGCGAGCUCCGCACUCACGACAUUGUCGCAGACCUGCUCGACAAGGGCAAGGUGGUGUACACGCCGUACCUUCCCCCAUCGGCGGCGACGGGGGAAGACAACCUCAUGCACAUGUACCGCCUCUAUUCGUCAGAGGACCAUGCCGGCUGCCCAACGGACAAGUGGGGUAUCCUGGACCCGGGUACUAAGCGGUACGACGUCGAGGGCGAUCGGGAAGACGCCAUGGACCCCGCUGCACCGGGCCUCGAUGUCAUCCUCGUCCCCGGUGUUGCUUUCGACGCGAACUGCAAUCGCCUCGGACGUGGCAAGGCGUUCUACGACCGCUUCCUCGCAACAUACACUGCGCAAAGGAAACGACCACUGCUCAUGGCGCUCGCGCUCGAGCCGCAGCUCGUCGACGACGUGCCCGUGACCCCGAACGACUUUACCCUCGACGGCGUGGUGAGCCCGGGCGGCGUCGUGUGGCGCGACGGCAAGUCGAAAGCAUGA